AUUCGUGGAUUUUUUCAGGACAGCGAAAGGAAUGAUCGAGUCUUAAUAACACAAACCGUGAUUUAUCUACAGUUGUAUAGAAAAAUGGCAGCGCACGUGGUGUAAAGAUACACGCUGGAUCACAAAACGAGCGUGUGUCGUUCUGCUUCACAUUGUUUAUUUGUGGAAAGGACUAGGAUUUCACAAAAUGACGCAAAAUUUACUUUAUUCCUUAAAAAUGAUAUCGCGAUGCAAGUCACGAAGGUUUUUAAGGAACUUUUACCAGUCAUCUCAAAUGUCUAACGCGUCACUGGUGACAUGUACAUUGAAUAUCAAGAAAAAUAUAGAGGAACAUUGGAGAGAUCGAGUCAAUCCUAAAUUCAAUAUUACUGAGGAUAGCAAAGAUAAAUUUUAUAUUCUUUCUAUGUUUCCAUAUCCAUCUGGGGCUUUGCACAUGGGUCAUGUUCGAGUUUAUACAAUAAGCGAUACAAUAGCUAGAUUUUAUAGAUUGAAAGGUAAAAAUGUGAUUCAUCCAAUGGGUUGGGACGCUUUUGGAUUACCAGCAGAAAAUGCUGCUAUUGAGAAAGGAAUCAAUCCUAGUGUAUGGACAAAUAAUAAUAUAGAAACAAUGCGUGAUCAGUUGAGAAUGUUGAAUUAUUCUUUUGAUUGGAAUAGAGAAUUUGCUACCUGUGAUCCGGAUUAUUACAAAUGGACUCAGGAACUGUUUUUAAAGUUGUUUGAUAAAGGUUUGGCGUAUCAAAAGGAAGCCUAUGUCAAUUGGGAUCCAGUUGAUCAGACUGUACUAGCCGAGGAACAAAUAGAUGUAAAUCAGCGAUCUUGGAGAUCGGGUGCACUCGUAGAAAAGAAAUUAUUGACACAAUGGUUUAUUAGAACGACAGCUUUUGCAAAAUCACUGCUGGAGGGUUUAGAUGAUCCAACCUUGAAGGAAUGGAAAGAUAUUAUAAAAUUACAAAAGCACUGGAUAGGUGAUUGCAAUGGCAUUAGUAUCGAUUUUAAAUUAGUGUCUGAAAUUCCAGAGUUCCCGGGAACAUUAAAUAUAUGGACUGACUUGCCAGAAUUUAUAGAGUACGCAAAGUUUGUUGCUAUAUCACCUGAAAGUAUAUUACAUCGUAAAGAGCAUACGUAUGAAAUAGAUGUUGGAAUAAAAAAUUUAAACGCGAAAAUAAUAAAUCCAUUUUCCGGUGAAGAAUUGCCGAUAUUUGUCACCGACAAAGUGAUUUAUCCGCCAUGGAGAGACACCCGCUUGGGCAUACCUUCAGCAUCGAUGGAUGAUCUAAAGUUCUCGGAGUUGGUUGGAAUACCGUUUACUCGACAUUCGAUACGUAGCUAUGAACAACAACAGCAAAGGAUAUCUGAAGUAUUCCAUAAGGCUAGAGAAUUGCAAAUAGGUGGAUAUCCAGUAAGCUCAAAAUUGCGAGAUUGGCUAAUCUCUAGACAGAGGUAUUGGGGUACACCUAUACCUGUUAUACAUUGUGCAAAUUGUGGCGUACAGCCUGUACCUCAUGAUCAACUUCCUGUGAUAUUGCCAGAGACACACUCGGGCUCGAAUAAAAGACUCUCGAUCCAUGAGAUGAAGGAUUGGUUGCAGACAGAAUGUCCUAAGUGUGGAGAAAAAGCGACUAGAGAAGCUGAUACAAUGGAUACGUUUGUAGAUAGCAGCUGGUAUUUUCUAAGAUUUAUAGAUCCAGAUAAUACGAAAGAGAUGUUUUCGGUGGAAAAAGUUAAGAAAAUCUUUCCCGUGGAUCUUUACAUAGGCGGAAAAGAACAUGCCGUACUUCAUUUAUACUUUGCCCGGUUUAUAAGCCAUUUCCUGCACUCGGAAGGACUUUUACCAUGUCGGGAACCAUUUAGACAACUUCUUGUACAAGGAGUAGUAAUGGGUAAAACGUAUCAAGUGAUAAGUACUGGCAAAUAUAUAACAGAGGAUGAGGUGGUGAUGAAAGAGGACCAAUACAAGACAAAGUCUGGAGAACUUGUCUCUAUGCACUGGGAAAAAAUGUCAAAAUCAAAACACAAUGGAGUCGAUCCUCUUAAUUUGUUGAAGAAAUAUGGAAUAGAUACAACAAGGUUAUUAAUAUUAGCCGAUGUUGCACCAACGUCUACUAGAAAUUGGUCAGAAGACACUAUUACAGGUAUACUGAAUUGGCAAAAUCGUCUUUGGGACACUGUACAACAAUUUACAGCUGAACGCGAUAAAAUGACUCUGAAGGAAAUUGAAGACAAACUUACUGAUUCCACAUUCAUCAAACAAGACGCAUAUAUGUUCGAUAGUCGAAAUUAUUUUCUCCAAAAAGUGACAUUUAAUAUCGUAGACUCACAGCAACUUAGUAUAGCAAUAUCUCGAAUGCAAGGUCUUACAAAUAGUCUGCGAAAAGUUAACAUAGAGUGCAUGAGAAAAAGCCGCGAAUACGAAAGAGCAUUAGCCGUUCAAAUUAUAAUGCUCGCUCCAUUCGCUCCACAUUUCGCAUCUGAAUUAUGGACCAUUUUUCGUUCUGCGAAAUAUCAUCUUAUAGAUAAUAGAGAUGUAGACUUAGAUAAAGAUCUGUUUGAUCAGAAAUGGCCAGAAAUUGACAUGGAUUAUAAUCUUACAAUGAAUGUUUACGUGAAUAAAAGACAAUUUCUCAAAAUAAAGAUUCCUCGAAGUAACCUCAACGAUAUGACGGCAGAUACGGCGAUGGAAUAUGUAAAUCUUGAUCCUUAUUAUCAAAAGUACUCGUACAAUAAAAAUAUUGUUGAAAUCAAUUUUCAAUCAAAGAAAGACUGUAAUGCAUCGUUAUACAUAACGAUGGAGAAACAGAAAGAAGAUUAGAUAAAACACCAGCAUUAUGGUAUUUUGAUGUGUAUAUGUAUAUAUAUAUAUAUAUAUAUAUAUGU